AUGAACCAGAAUUCUAUGAUUCAUGAUCCAAGUCUCCGACAGUAUCAAUUGGAGAGGUCUAGAGAGCUGGAAAUCUUCCACAAACUGAGUGCGAUACGCCGACAACAUGGAUUCCCAGUAGAACUCCCUCGUUUUAAUGAAUAUGGAAACAUUGUCAACAUGCCGGCGAAUGUGUUUAGUCAGCCACCUCCAUUCCUUCCACAACCAAUUCAGCAGCCAGUUUACCCUCAACCACGGUAUCAAAUUUGGGAUAACUGCAACUCAUGGUCUGUCGGUUUUCCGUUAUCUGCGACAAACAACAGCCCGACGACAGAUCAACAGAUUUAUGAACUUUUACAACAAAACCCAACACUACCACUAAAUGCGUCGCCAUCAAAAGUGAUAUUUGUCUACGAUGUGCCGCCAGGGCAUUAUGUCAUUCAGGAUAGCCAAUUGAGAUCUUGCUAUAUCAGAAACAAGUUUCAAAAUCAAAACCAGAAUCAACCAGUUACCCAUCUAUCCAAUAAAAGAGUUGUCCGAAUCGACCGGGAAACCCAAACGGAAUCUGGAGAAGCAGAACAUGCGAAGGGUGUUGCUGAUAAUCGCGAAAUUUUGCAUAAGGCGAUUAGAGAGUCUGCGACAAAGGCACCGACGAUAACAUCAAACCUUAGUGAGCCAGAUAAAGAUGAAAUACAUUCGGCGGUUUGCAAAGUGAACAAUUGGUUUCAAAUGACUGAAGAAAUCGUUUCGAACGGUAGCAGAAGCCGUAGCGAGGAACCGUUGAGCGAUGAACGAAGUAUUACUCCAAACCCAACCGACAAUCUUCCAAUGGAACAUCAAACAUCACAACAACCCCACCAAUUGCAUGGCUCUCAAUCUAGCGGCAAUUUCAAAAAACCCGCUGUUCGAAUCGUGAGACACUCCGUUGUGGAAUCAAAAAACGAGGCUAAAGAGGCGAAAGAGGCCGAUGUGGUUGGCGAUGGCGAUGACAACGAGACAGGGAGAACUGCAACGAAAAGAGACUCAGAGAAGGGCGAUGAUACGAACAAUGUGUCGCUAGUCGGAGAAUUGUCAGUUGCCGAGAAAUGCUCGGAGAGCGAUGCGACCGAGACAGACAUCAAUACUCAUUCACAUGAUGAUGUCAAUGAGAGUCAGGAGGGAGCAAGUAUCCCCAAAGAGCCAAAUCAUCCGGAGGGAAAGUCAUCAGACUAA